AUGAGCCCCGUAUCGGUCGGUAGCGAGUGGUCAGGCGUCAACAAUUACAAUACUACGGGUCCUCGCAGUGAGUCCUCGUACACUGCCUUCGACAGUCAGAUCAGUCCCAUGUCCGAUGGAAACCCUCCCCGCACGAACGGUUUUGGGCCACCGCAGUUUGACUACCAGCAACGUCGCCCAUCCGAAGCCGGUUCCAAACACUCCUCUCGCGCUCCUUCAAUAGCUCCCUCACGUUCCAGUGACGGCACAAUAUCAGAUCAGCAGAGCAGGAGAUACAGGAGAAUGGAAGCAGAGCUGGGCCAACACUACACCGUGCUCCGUGCAUAUCUAAGAGGAGGAAACGCACAUCCACGACCGAACAAGGCACGAGACAAGCUCUUGAGGUUGUCGCCUAUACAAUUCCACGAGCUCAGUACAGAUGUGUUCGACGAGCUCCAGCGUCGGCAAGCCCUUGCACCUGUCAACGGUCGCCCGCCACCUCCCAGGGAUAGAGUUCCACCAUUCCUACAACCACGACCAGACUUCCACGAGAAACGCAACCAGGCGCGCCAGAAACUCUCCUCGCUUCAGACACCAAGGUUUCGUGAUCUAUCUACCGACGUAUUCUGCGAGCUCGAAAGGAGAUUCCCUCAGUUUGCGAAACCUGAUGGUCGUCCACAGUCCAGAGGUGGUCCACGCGGGCCAAAUGGCGUUCCACCACGCGGCCAUUCUGCGAAUGCAUCAGUGAGUAGUAACAGUGGCGCCUUUCCUCCUCGUGGCUCGUCCGGCGACGAUUUUGGCCGACCCAUGCAAAGACAGUUCCAGAGCAACACCAUCACACCAAACAAAAGCAUGAUGAUCGAGGAUGAAGAUGAGAUGGCUGGUGUAGAUUCGAGAUACGACCGGUCCAGUGACGCGUUCGGCCUCGAGAGCGCCUUGACCAGUCCCAGAAGUGAUCGAGACACCUCCGCUACGUCACAGAGUAUCGGGAGCAAGACCGGAAACUUGCAGAUGGCAAGCCUAGAAGCUGAAAUCAGCGAUUUGAAAGAACAGUUGAGGCAGAAGGACGUAACGCUUCAGCAAUCCCAACCAAGCGCUGAGCAACAAGAACUACAGCAGGACCUCGAUAAUAAGCUCCGCGAAGCAGAACAAUUGAAUAGAUCUAUGAAAGAUGAGCUCGAUCGACUUCACCAGGAGCACGCCAGUGUUGAAAGAAGCCUGAGAGCGGAAAUCGAGAGUGCUGAACAGGCCGGAAACAGCAGUCGAGCAGCACCCGAAAUUACAAGAGAAAAUGAAGAGCUGCGGGAACAGCUGCGAGAGCAACAAGAAAUUAUCGAAGACGUCCGAAAGCAGGCCAUGGUAUAUCUGGAGGAGAUGCGAGCCAUGGCUGAUUCAGGCGCCGGAAAUUUCGAACGGGAGGACAAGCUACAGUCUGAUGUACACCGGCUAGAAGAGGAGGUAAAGGAAUGGAAAGCGAAGUAUGUCCGAACGAAGACUCAGCUUCGCGGCAUGCGAGCGAGCUCCCUUGGUCUCAGCAUUUCCAGGACCGACGUAAUGCAACAUGCUCGAGAUGGCGCCCUCUAUGAAGAGGCAGGAGCUGUGAAAGAUGUCCAUGUCACGCGCUUUCAGAUUGCCAUUGAUGAACUGCUUCGGGUUGCUCGCAGUGACCCAGCAGGUGUGCUGGAGCACAUGAAAUCGGUUGUGAUAGCCGUCAGAAGCAUUACUACGGAUAUCGACGCGGCUUCCCCAUUGUUGAAGGACGAGGAGACAAUGAAGAAGCGGUUGAAAAUGAAGGGAAAGGUUUCUGCUACGGCCAACAAUGUCAUUACGGCCUCCAAGAACUAUGCAGCGGCAGGAGGCUUGUCUCCCGUGAGCUUGCUAGAUGCAGCAGCUUCACACUUAACCGCUGCUGUUGUCGAUCUAGUCCGCUCAGUCAAGAUCAAGCCCACCCCGCCCGGAGAACUGGAGGAUAACGAUGAGGGCAAUCUGGAAGCGAUACAGGACAAUGGAUAUUUCAACAUUGCAGAGAGUCUGAGGCGACGCAGUGCUGUUGACAGCAUCUACAGUGCUAUCAGCACUCCAGAUCCUUCGAAUGGCACUGGUAGACCUGGCUCCUCUGCUCAUCGUCGCUCUAACUCGACAUAUACCAACGGCAACGGUCUCAAUGGGGCGAGUAAAGGGCUCGGCAUCAAGGCUGGACUGGGUAUCGGACAAGAAGACGCGGAUCUUGAGGAUCUCAAGAUCUAUAUUGAGGAUCAGUCCGACCAGCUUGUGGAGUCCAUUCAAGUCCUUAUUGAGGCUAUACGUCGUGAGGAGUCGAUCUCCAGCAUUCGCAACAACAUAGAACGCAUCGCUAGCACCGUUGAGGCAGUCCUAGGAGCAUCCGAGAGGGGCGGUCAGGAGCCGAGCUCUUAUCGCAACGAAUGGCAGGCCCAGACAGGACCCGUGCAGAACAACCUGGAGGACUGUAAGAACAAACUUCUCCAAGCCGGCGAUGAGUCACAGAAGUACAAUGGUAGUACUCCGGCAAAAGAGUUCACGCAGGGACUACCGCCAAUUGCCUUUCAAGUAGCCAGGGAAACCAGGGAAUUGGUGAGACGGAUUCAGGGCAUCAAGCCCGGUGGCGCCGGCAGCACCGGUGAUGACGACUUCAGCUGA